GUCUCCGGGCGUUAGAGCGCGGCGACCGUCACGCCGCGGGAAGAACGGACGAGUGCGCCGCCAAGCUCCCUGCAGCCAUGGCGGAGCCCGCUGCUCGCCGCUGCUGCCUGGGCUGGGACUUCAGCACGCAGCAGGUGAAAGUCAUGGCUGUUGAUGCAGAGCUGAAUGUCUUCUAUGAGGACAGUGUGAAUUUUGACAGGGACCUUCCAGAAUUUGGGACUCAGGGUGGGGUUCAUGUUCACCAGGAUGGUCUGACAGUGACUUCUCCAGUCCUGAUGUGGGUCCAGGCUUUGGAUAUCAUCUUGGAGAAGAUGAAGGCUUCGGGCUUCGACUUCUCUCGAGUCCUCGCCUUGUCCGGGGCGGGCCAGCAACAUGGAAGUAUAUACUGGAAAACCGGGGCCAGUCGGGUGCUGACGGGCCUGUCGCCAGACCUCCCGUUAUGCAAGCAGCUGCAGGCCUGUUUCUCCAUCAGCGACUGCCCGGUGUGGAUGGACUCCAGCACCGCCGCCCAGUGCCGCCAGCUGGAGGCCGCCGUGGGCGGGGCCCAGGCUCUCAGCCGCCUCACCGGCUCCCGCGCCUACGAGAGAUUUACGGGAAACCAAAUUGCAAAGAUUUACCAGCAGAACCCCGGGGCCUACUCACACACAGAGAGAAUUUCCUUGGUCAGUAGUUUUGCCGCCUCCCUGUUCCUUGGGUCUUACUGCCCCGUUGACUACAGCGAUGGUUCUGGAAUGAAUCUGUUGCACAUCCAGGACAAAGUCUGGUCCCAGGCUUGCCUCAGGGCCUGUGCCCCCCAUUUAGAGGAGAAGCUCGGCCCCCCAGUACCAUCGUGCUCCGCUGUGGGACCCGUGUCUUCCUACUACGUCCAGCGCUACGGAUUUUCUCCAGGAUGCAAAGUGGUGGCCUUCACUGGGGACAACCCGGCGUCGCUGGCAGGCAUGAGGCUGGAGGAAGGUGACAUCGCGGUCAGCCUGGGCACCAGCGACACCCUGUUUCUCUGGCUCCAGGAGCCCACGCCUGCCCUGGAAGGCCACAUCUUCUGCAACCCAGUUGACCCCCAGCACUACAUGGCGCUUCUGUGCUUUAAAAAUGGCUCUCUCAUGAGAGAGAAGAUCCGAGAUGAGUCAGCUUCCGGUUCCUGGAGCGAGUUCUCUAAGGCGCUGCGGUCCACGGAGAUGGGGAACGGUGGAAACUUGGGCUUUUAUUUUGACGUAAUGGAAAUCACCCCCGAAAUGGUUGGCCGUCACAGGUUCAGCGCAGAAAACCGUGAGGUCCCGGCAUUCCCCAAGGACGUGGAGGUCCGAGCACUGAUUGAAGGACAGUUCAUGGCCAAGAGGAUUCAUGCUGAGGGCCUGGGCUAUCGAGUCAUGUCCAAGACAAAGAUUUUGGCCACUGGAGGGGCAUCUCACAACAGAGACAUAUUACAAGUGCUCGCAGAUGUGUUUGGCGCCCCAGUAUAUGUCAUCGAUACCGCCAACUCGGCCUGCGUGGGCUCUGCUUACCGGGCCUUCCAUGGCCUUGCAGCUGGGACGGAUGUGCCCUUUUCAGAGGUUGUGAAGUUGGCCCCAAACCCCAGGUUGGCGGCUACGCCAAGCCCAGGAGCUUCUCAGGUCUAUGCUGCCCUCCUCCCGAGGUAUGCCCAGCUCGAGCAGAGGAUCCUGUCCCAGAAGGCCCUGGGGCUUCUGGCGUGAGCUCUGCAGGCCCAGGAGGCCCGCUGACCCUGCCCGCCCAGACUCGCAGUCCCACGUGGAGACGUGGCCGUGGACAGUGGGAGCCCCCUGCCCUGUUCUGGGAGCCCGCCGCUUGAUGCCGGGGUCCUCCAGCCUGUCCUGGGUCCCCUGGAAGCCUGCCUUAGCACAGCUCCCUGACCACAGAUGGGCUGCUUGUGUCCCUGUGUCCUUGCACUCAGGGCAGGAAAGCAUUUCUUCUCCUGUGUUUAUUUCAGGAGGCAGGAUAACAGGAAUCCUGCGAUAUCUCCACUAAAAAUCGUGCCUUUUUUUCUUUUCAAAGACAGAAGGGGAGCUAAUCCAGGAACCUGAAUCAACAGAAUGAGGGCAAUAAAGCCGUCCCACAUACCCUGACCCCAGCCCACUGCCCCCUCCAGUCCUGUCUCUCUGGCCACUCUCCCCCUAGACCCUACCCCACAGCCACGCAGCCGCACACCCUGACCUUCUGUCCACCCUCCUCCUCAGCCCUGACCGCCCGGCCAAGCCUCUCCUGCACCCUAACCCUCCCUGCUCACCUCACCUGUCUGAAGCGACUCCCAGUUUGCUGUGCUGCCUUCGCGAUGCUUCGCCCUCCUCCAGGCUCUGACCCUCCCUUUGGCAUCUGCUCCUUCUGCCUCCUUGCUCUCUCCUCCCUCCCCUGCCCACCUGGUGUCACUCACCACCUCCCCCACCCCCCAGACGCCCGAGGGGCCGAUGAAUGUGCUUCAGCGCUGCCCACAGGCUGUGGGACUCCCAGGCACAACAGAGCACUUGGAGGCCCAGGUGGCACAAUUUAUUCUCAUUCUCAUCCAUAUUCAUUCUCUGCGUCACCCCCGCCCCCACCCUCCGCCCCAGCCCUUGCAGUUCUCUUGCUGAAAAAAAACAAAACAAAACUGGAUCAUUAAGAGAAUUUCCCAAACUCUGGAUUUUGUUGAUUCUGUUCCUGCAGUGUCAUUUAACAUGUUCUCUAUUGUCUAUAUUUCCUGUAAAGUGGCAGUUGGAUCUAAUACAGGGUUUCCCAGCUUCAGCACUACUGACGUCUGGGGCUGGAUAAUUCCUCAUUGUGGAGGGCUGCCCCGCCUCUUGUAGGAUGUUUAGCAGUAUCACUGGCCUCUACCCACCAAACGCCAUUAUCAGCCCCUCCCCUGACAAUCAAAAAUGCCUCCAGGCAUGGCUGAUGUCCCCUGGUUGAUAACCACUGACCUAGAGGCUGGACGAGAGGC